CAACGAAACGAAUGUUGACAAUCGGAAUAAGAGAAAAGAGACCGGAAACAUGUCCAACAUAGGAACAACUGCUGCGGUUAUAAUAUUUAUUUUGGUUCUCGCAUUUACAGUAUUGGGAAUAUUGUACGUCUAUUUUAAGAGGAAAAAACCAGACCUUCUAAGAAGAGCGUCAUUUUGGAAGAAACCGGAACCCGCACAAAAUGAGUACGACACGGUACAUCCUCGGCCAGGACAGGAACAUUCGUAUGGAUGCAUGAGGGCAUCUGAUCCUCAUGAGGACUAUUUACAACCAAAUCCCUCCGCCAUCCGAUCACGGAACAUCGAUAACAUCGAUUAUCUGGUGGAGGCAGAUGAUAAUAUUAUUUCUGGUGUAGACACUAUAUCAUCGAAUGGCCAGUCCACGUUAGAAAACGAUUAUGACUACAUUCAUAUAGAUGAUACAAAUUGCAGCAAACCGCCACAAGCAAACACGUAUAGUCUUGCCCGAGCUAUUCCGAUUACUAACGACUACGAAAAAUGUAACCAAUCGCAACCUAAAGAUUCAAAAUUUUCAUCACAACAUGAUUAUUAUAACACUUUCAAGGCGGUGAAACCUAAUGCAGAAAAGAAAACCAAUACCACAGAAAAUGACUACGACAGAACAAACGUCACAUAA